CUGCCUCCUGGACACUUCUCAGGAAUAGUAGCACGUCUAUUACCUUUGCCUUGCGCAAUGUCACCGCAACUUCAGUCGUGGCCCCGAUCCGAUCCGGAAUCAGCAAGCCCUUUAGCAAUGCCUCAUUAAGCGCGAUCCGUUCGGGACAGAGAUUCUACAACAGCUCUUAUGCCCCUUCUCCUAACAUUGUCAAACACCAUAAUGAUGCACGCCUAUCACGUCUUCUUGCUUACCGCCAAUCCAUCGCCAUCAACCACUAUUCCUCCACCUCCACGAGACUUGCACCAGUUGUCCGACGCGGCUUCGCCUCAGCAUCCUCCUCCUCUUCAUCAUCAGCCUCCAUACCAUCAAAAGCACAGCAAGGGGACAUCUCCGCUACGAAGAAGUCUUCCGGAUUCAUGGACAAGUUCAAGGACAUGGUCAAGAAGUAUGGCUAUACUGGUGUUGCCGUCUACUUGGGUAUAUCGAUGGUCGAUCUCGCUGCUACAUUUGUGAUUGUCAAAGCUGCAGGCAUGGAUAAAAUUGAAAAGGCUCAGGAUUGGGUAGUCGACAACAUUGGAAAAUACUUCGGAUAUAAGCAUCACGAUGAAAAGAAGGUUGAAACCUCUAAUAACAAUGAGGGUGCUGUUUACAAUAAGGCCUCAGGUCUUUGGAGCGUCUUUGUGAUCGCAUAUGGUAUUCAUAAACUCUUGGUUCCACUUCGUGUUGUCGCGACUAGCAUGAUCACGCCGCCAUUAGUUAGGUGGUUCAUCAAGAGGGGUUGGAUGAAGGAGACUGUCAAGAAAGGAGCCGCAGUUACUACUGGAGCUGGAGCUGGAGCUGGAGCAAAACCUUAGACUAUAUUAAUUAAAACAAUAGAGAAAAAAAUAC